CAAUUAUUUGUCCAUAUUGCAUAACUCCAAAUGUAGUAUUUUUAUCUUCACCUCGAAUUUCGCAGAAAAAAAAAGAUAAAACAAAGCUGCUUUCCCCCCUCCCCCUUUCUCUCUGUGUCUCUGUAUGUGUGGCUUUACCUUUCGUACCUAAACCUAUCACUCACACACUCUCUCUCUCUUUCGCUCGCUAGCUGUUUUCCUCUCUGUUCUUCGUCGUCUUCUUCUCACAGAAGCUGCCACUGAUAGAAAUAAAGAAAGAGCUAUGGCGGGAGGUGGAGCUCCAGCACCGAAAGCAGACGAACCUCAACCUCAUCCUCCCAAAGAUCAGCUUCCAAACAUCUCUUACUGCAUCACCAGUCCCCCUCCUUGGCCUGAAGCUAUUCUCCUUGGCUUUCAACAUUACCUUGUCAUGCUCGGCACUACAGUUCUCAUUCCUACUGCUCUUGUUCCCCAGAUGGGUGGUGGCUAUGAAGAGAAGGCAAAGGUGGUCCAGACUAUUCUCUUUGUUGCCGGCAUCAACACAUUGCUCCAAACUCUUUUCGGCACCAGGCUGCCUGCUGUCAUUGGAGCUUCUUACACUUUUGUGCCAACCACUAUUUCCAUCAUCCUCUCUGGCAGAUUCAGUGAUACCUCCAACCCUAUAGAUCGCUUUGAGAGGAUUAUGCGAGCAACCCAAGGCGCCUUGAUUGUUGCUUCAACCCUACAGAUGAUUCUUGGUUUCAGUGGUCUCUGGCGUAAUGUUGUUAGGUUCUUGAGUCCUAUUUCAGCUGUUCCAUUGGUGGGUCUCGUUGGAUUUGGGCUAUACGAGUUUGGUUUCCCUGGGGUUGCUAAAUGCAUAGAGAUUGGGCUGCCUGAGCUUCUUAUCCUCGUAUUUGUUUCACAGUAUCUGCCUCAUGUGAUCAAAUCAGGGAAAAAUGUGUUUGACCGGUUUGCUGUAAUAUUCGCGGUGGUGAUUGUAUGGAUCUAUGCUCACCUUCUUACAGUUGGUGGGGCAUACAAUGGUGCUGCACCUACUACACAAACAAGUUGCCGGACUGAUCGUGCUGGCCUCGUUGGUGCUGCUCCAUGGAUAAGAGUUCCAUGGCCUUUCCAGUGGGGUGCUCCUUCGUUUGAUGCUGGAGAAGCUUUUGCAAUGAUGAUGGCUUCCUUUGUUGCUCUAGUUGAGUCAACCGGUGGUUUUAUCGCUGUCUCAAGAUAUGCAAGUGCAACGAUGUUACCACCUUCUAUUCUCAGCCGUGGUGUUGGCUGGCAGGGCGUCGCCAUUCUGAUAUCGGGGUUGUUUGGCACUGGUGCUGGUUCCUCUGUCUCUAUUGAAAAUGCAGGACUAUUAGCCUUGACAAGAGUUGGUAGUCGAAGGGUUGUCCAGAUAGCUGCAGGCUUCAUGAUCUUCUUCUCUAUUCUCGGAAAAUUCGGAGCUGUGUUUGCGUCAAUCCCUGGACCCAUUAUUGCUGCUUUGUACUGUCUCUUCUUUGCCUACGUUGGAGCUGGAGGAUUGAGUUUUCUUCAGUUCUGCAACUUAAACAGCUUCAGGACUAAGUUCAUCUUAGGCUUCUCUGUCUUUCUGGGCUUGUCAAUCCCUCAAUACUUCAAUGAGUACACUGCAAUCAAAGGCUAUGGUCCAGUCCACACAGGCGGUCGUUGGUUCGACGAUAUGGUGAAUGUCCCGUUCUCAUCAGAACCUUUUGUUGCUGGCAUGGUCGCCUUCUUCUUGGACAACACACUGCACAAGAAAGAUUCAUCGAUAAGGAAAGACAGAGGGAAGCAUUGGUGGGACAAGUUCAGAUCUUUCAAAGGUGACACAAGAAGUGAAGAGUUCUACUCUCUUCCUUUCAACCUCAACAAGUAUUUCCCUUCUGUCUAGAAGAGAAGAGAGAGAAGAAGCAAAGAGUUUACCAAAAGAAAAUGGUGGAAAACUCAGGAGUUUCGCCAUUGUUGCUUGAGUUUCUUGACGACCUCUGUGUCUUGGUUCUUUUGUUCUGUUCCGUUCACAACUUCGGAAACCUUUUUAAAUAUCUUUCACAUUUUAUAGUCUUGUUUACAAGAAUGAUCAUCUCAAGAAUCUUCAGUUGUAUUGUUGCUUACUAUCUCUCCCUAAUGCGUUUGUCUUUGUAAAUCCGAGGGUACACAGCUUUGUUAUUUUGAUUAGAUUCUUAAUAAGUAUUUAGUUUGAUUUUGCCU